AUGUCAUGCGUGGCGGCGAGGCGUAUAGUUCAGCAGAGAUGUUCGGUUUUCAGAAUAGACCAUUACGCUUGCAUAGAACUCCUCGAAGCCUCUAUAGAGUCGAAGUCGCUUGCGCAAGGCAAAGCAAUUCAUCAAGCCAUCGUUAAAAACAAUCAUUGUUUCACCAAUAGUUCAAUCCUUCUCGACAAGCUUACUCGUUUCUAUAUCUCCUGCAGAAGACUUGAGCUCGCUCGGCGCGUUUUUAAUUCAAUUCCGAGCCCGAUUAGGAGGGAAAAAUCUAUCUUGUGGAACCAAAUGAUCAGAGCCUAUGCUUGGGAUGGGCCACUUGAGGGAGCCGUUGAGUUGUACUAUGAAAUGGUGAAGUGUGGAGUUAGACCCACCAAAUACACGUACCCUUUUGUGUUAAAGGCUUGUUCGGGGCUGCAGGAUUUGGAGAAUGGGGUGAGGAUUCAUGAAGAUGCGGAAAGGCAGGGUUUUGGUAAUGAUGUUUAUGUUUGCACUGCUUUGGUUGAUUUUUACGUGAAGUGCGGGUGUUUGGUUGAUGCACGGGAGGUGUUUGAUGGAAUGCGUGAGAGAGAUACUGUGGCGUGGAAUGCAUUGAUUGCUGGAUGUUCUUUGCAUGGUUUGUAUGGGGAUAUGAGGAGCUUGGUCCUGGAAAUGCAGAAAUCGGGGUUGGAUGCCAAUUCUUCAACUAUGGUAGCCAUGCUGCCAGCAAUUGGGGAGGGAAAGAAGCUGAGAGAAGGGAAGGGUGUGCAUGGGCAUUGUUUGAGAAGGGGUUUUGUUGGAGAUGUAGUUCUUGAUACUGGGAUUCUGGAUGUGUAUGGGAAAUGUAAGCAGUUGGAUUAUGCAUGGAGGAUUUUUAGUGCAAUGAGUUUCAAGAAUGAAAUCACGUGGAGUGCAAUGAUUGGGGCGUGCAUAACGUGUGAUUCUGCACUAAUGGGCUUGAAGCUCUUUGAGAAGAUGAGGCUGGAAUGCAAUUUCAGUCUUUCCUCUGUUAUGCUUGCGACAGUCAUUCGAGCUUGUGCUAAGCUAAUUGAUCUGAGGAGAGGGAAAUGGAUACAUUGUCAAACUGUUAAGAUGGGAUCUCAUUUGGAUCUAAUGGUUAGCAACACACUUCUUUCUAUGUAUGCAAAGUGUGGGAGGAUAGAUGACGGGAUGAGGUUAUUUAAGGAUAUGCAUUUGAUAGAUUCUGUCUCAUAUAGUGCUAUAAUUUCAGGGUGCGUGCAGAAUGGUAAUGCAGAAGAAGCUCUACGGUUUUUUCAGAAGAUGCAACAUUCUCGCGUUGAGCCAGAUCUCUCAACCAUGAUGGGAUUCUUGCCAGCUUGUUCACAGUUAGCUGCUCUACAGUAUGGAGUUUGUGGCCAUGGUUACUCCAUAGUCCAUGGAUUCACGACAGAUGUUUCAAUUUGUAAUGCCCUAAUUGACAUGUACUCGAAGUGUGGUAAGGUCGAACUGGCUAGGCUUGUUUUUGAGAGGAUGUAUACAAGAGAUGUUGUCUCUUGGAAUGCAAUGAUUUCUGGAUAUGGAAUUCAUGGUCAUGGGAAAGAAGCAAUUUCAGUGUUCAAUGAUAUGUUGAAUGUAGGCCAAAAACCAGAUGAGAUUACUUUCAUCAGUCUCUUAUUUGCUUGCAGCCACUCAGGUCUCGUUGCCGAAGGGAAGCAUUGGUUCCAUACCAUGUGUGAAGAAUUCAAGAUUGUUCCGAGGAUGGACCAUUAUUUAUGCAUGGUGGAUCUUUUGGGCCGUGCUGAUCUUCUCGACGAGGCCUACAGUUUAGUCCAAGCAAUGCCAUUCGAGCCUGAUGUCCGCAUAUGGAGUGCUUUGCUUGCAGCUUGUAGAAUCUAUAGAAAUAUUGAACUUGCAGAAGAGGUUUCAAAUAAAAUUCAUAGCCUAGGGCCAGAAAGUCCGGGUAAUUUUGUUCUUUUAUCGAACCUAUAUAGUACUGCAGGGAGAUGGGAUGAUGCUGCUCAUAUUAGAAUUGUGCAGAAGGAUUCAGGCUUUAAGAAGAGCCCCGGGUGUAGUUGGGUUGAAGUAAAUGGUAAUGUCCAUGCAUUCGUUGGCGGGGAUCAGUCUCACCCACAGUUGGCCAAAAUCAAUGAAAAACUAAACGAACUGUCUUUCGAGAUGAAAAAAUUAGGGUAUAGGUCAGAAUUUGAUUUUGUGUACCAAGAUGUUGACGAUGAGGAGAAAGAGCAAAUUCUUCUUUAUCACAGCGAGAAGCUUGCUGUUGCGUUUGCCUUGCUUAAUCUUAAACCCAGCAAGCCCAUUCUUGUCACCAAGAAUUUGCGGGUCUGUGUUGACUGCCAUACUGCACUGAAAUACAUCACCACCAUCACAAAAAGAGAAAUAACCGUGAGGGAUGCAAGCCGGUUUCAUCAUUUCAGAGAUGGGGUGUGCAGCUGUAAGGAUUUCUGGUGAAACGGUGAAAGAGAGAAUAUCCUAACUCCUUAGCGUUUUAGAGCCCGGAAGUCGUUUGCCACAAGCGUUAGUCUAUAACGAUAGGCUACACCUUGUGGUCAAAGAAAUACCCGCUAACUGAUGGCACAAAACUGACAGAA